GCCUGACCUACCGUCGACGUCGCAAGGAGCAGUCUGCAAUGGCACAACUGAUCGGCGAAUCCGAGGAACUGCAACCCGAGAUGAUGCGUCCCAGAGCCUCAAUGCACACGGACUCGCGCAUCCAGACUCCCCUCGACUCGGCCCAUCUCGAGCCGCUCAUCUCCACCGCGGACCAGACAGACCAACCUCCCCUCGAUUUCAGCCAGACUCAAGCCGACCUGAACGGUCAGCCUGGCUUUUGGCCAGCAACCCAAAAGCCAGGAAAUGGCAAUCUGCUGGCUUUUGACAAUCACCACGGCCGAAGUGACUUCGCCAGAGGUCUUGGCGACCAUUUGCCUCACCCGGAUACUGCUACCUGUGGCCUGGUAACUGAGGCCUGGGGAGAGAAGCGAAGCGUUGCCGGAAUCACGUCUGGAUCGGUAUCUAUGGGCGUUAUGGCUUCGGGGCAGACGGACAUGUUCGGCCAUCUUGAACCGGCCCAGCAACCAGCCGCAAAUCUCGCACAAUUGUCGGCAUUCAGCCCUCUCGAGGCCUCUCGGAGGCCUGGCACAAUGCCGGCAAUGUCGGCUCUGUCGCCGGGGGGACGCGGAACCCCGCGCCUGGGAACUGGUGUCUCCGGAGUCCCGGCAACUGCAGCGACCAAGUGGCGCUCGAGACCGGCUGGACAGACUCUAAAGGACGCCAAAGAGGCUGGAUCAGUCGGGCUGCGGAUAGGCGCCAACUCGAUGGAUUCUGAGGACUCGCGUCCAGCCUUGGAAACCGCUCACUGUCCGAGCCUGAGAAGUGAGUUUAUCAAGUCGCUUAAAUUGACACAUUAUUCUGUUUGGUAUUUCCAUAGAGAUGAUGACGAAUUAUGA